AUGACUUGGCUGAUUUCAAGUGUCCUGCCGAUCGACAUGCUGUGGCUUUGGGUUGCUCGAGUGCUCAACAAUGUAGCCCCUACACAACUGAUCCGGUUGAUUGUAUCAGAGGUGCAUGUUGCACCAAAUCAGGAACUACCCUAUCAAGCUCCACUAAUUUGUAGUAAUGGCGGAAGAGCUCUCGUGAUUGGUUGUAUCCAAUCUCAACAAUGUCUUCCGUUCACUAAAGAAUCCGUCGCUUGUCUACAAGGAAUUUGUUGUACGGUACCACAAAAAUGUCCAAAUGAUGAACGUAUUGUUGGCUUGCAAUAUACAAAUUCACAGUCAUGCGUUUCGCUAUCCGGAGGAAAGUGUCCAGUAAUGGAAUGUGUUGCACAAUGUCCGAGAUUUGUCGAUGAAAUUAAUAUAUGUGAAACAGCUCAUAAAAGCUACGGGUAG